UAACAAAUAGGGAGCAGCGCGUUUGCAGUUUAUUUUUGUUUAUAUAUUUUCAACUGAGAAUGUCUUCCUCUAACCUGCCCGCUACCUUUACCAAGGGAUUUCAUGAUGAAGAAUUGUGUAAGAAAAUGGAAUAUCGUGUGUUGGGACGUACCGAUUUAAAAGUCUCAAAACUUUCCUUGGGCACUGGAACUUUAAGUUCUUUUUAUGGUGACCUUGAUGUGAAUGAGGCUAUCGCCACAAUACACAAAGCUCUUAAAGCCGGUAUAAAUUAUAUUGAUACGGCUCCUUAUUAUGGCCAAGGUCGUUCGGAAGAGGUAUUGGGCAUGGCUUUAAAGGAGGUACCCCGCUCCGCCUACUAUGUGGCCACUAAGGUGGGCCGUUAUAAGCCCACCUUUGAGGGCAUGUUUGAUUUCUCCGCCAAAAAGACCCGUGAAAGUGUGGAGAAAAGUUUACAACUAUUGGGUUUGGAUUAUGUGGAUAUAAUACAGAUUCAUGAUAUAGAAUUUACCAAAGAUUUUGAUAUUGUUAUCAAUGAAUGUCUGCCGGAAUUGGAGAAAAUUGUUAAGGAAGGCAAGGCUAAAUAUAUUGGUGUUACUGCUUAUCCUUUAAAAGCUUUAAAGGAAUGCAUUAAAGCUGCUAAUGGAAGAUUUGAUACCGUUUUAUCCUAUGCCCGCUAUACCCUCUGCGAUGAUUCCCUUAAAGCAUACAUUGAUUUCUUUCAAAAAGAAAACAUGGGCAUUGUAUGCGCCAGUGCUCAUGCCCUUGGCCUUCUAACGAAUGGUGGUCCACAACCCUGGCAUCCCACAAACGAUGAACACAAGCAGUUAUGCCGCAAGGCAGCAAAUAUCUGUAAAGAGGCUAAUAUCGAACUUGGCAAACUGGCCAUGCACUAUUGUAUGCAACUGGAUGGUGUUACAACAUUUCUAACUGGUAUGCAAACACGUCAGCUGUUGGACAUAAAUUUGGAGGCAUUUUAUCAGGGUUUAACUAAAAAGGAGCAGGAAGUUUUGCAACUUUUAAAAGAUACUGUUUUUACCAAGUCAAUCAACUGGGAAGGCAAUGAACUUGAACUCUACUGGGCGGCCAUGAACAAGAAGUAAAAUAAAUAAUUUACUUUUAAUUUUUUAUGCUUUAUUUUCAAACACAAAUUGAUUUCAAUAAAUUUAAAAUGU